AUGACAAAGACAUUAUCUUUGAUUCUUCAACCAUUCAGUAUUCUAUUCAUUAGUUUAGCUUUAAUAAUAAAUCAUUGGAAUUGUGGCGGAUUAUUUACAUCAUGUUUAAGAAAUUAUCAAACCACUUCAAUAUUAUUAAUAUUAUUCUUUUUUCUUGGUAUAGUACUUUUAACUAUUGCAUUUAUACUUGAUUUAAUAACUAUCUGUUCUGAAUCACUUGAUUCAAAUGCUUCAUAUUCUACAAUUCGUUUCAUUAUAUUAAUAUGUGGUUUAAUGAAUAUACUUUUAGCUAUUCUUAUUUAUUCAUUACAAAUAGAUCGUCAAUUUUCUCGUUUAUUAUGUACAAUUGGUAUUGUAUUUACAAUACAAGUUGCUUUACUUAAUUUAUUAUUCUCUUCUUGUAUUCAUAGAAAUCAUCAUUCUGAACCAAUAGUUCAUUGA